UCAACACCCCAGAAACCGUGGCAACCAUGAAUCACCUCACCCUCCUUUUCUGGACAGUGGUCUGUGGAUCCUUAACAGGAACCAGCAGUCAGGUGACUGUGACUCAGACACCAGUAGUGUCCUUUACUCCAGGAUCCACAGUCACUCUGACCUGUAAAACAAACCCAGCGGUUUACCAAAAUAAUGAUAUACACUGGUACAAACAGAAACCUGGAGAAGCCCCAAAGCUCAUCAUAAAAUAUGUAAACCAACUUGUAUCACCAACACCAGCUCGGUUUAGUGGCAGUGGAAGCAGAACUGACUUCUCUCUGACCAUCAACGGCGCCCAGCGUGAAGAUGCAGCAGUUUAUCACUGUCAGAGUUUCCACUAUCCUAACAGUGUCCCUGUGUUCACACAUUCCCUCUGUGCUCCUAUGAGGCUGAUGUUAACUGAGCCUGUUGUCCACUCCUCUCUCUCUCUUCCAGUGGGAGUGGUGCAGCCCACGCUGAGCGUCCUCCCUCCCUCCAGAGUGGAGCUGGAGCAGGGCAGUGCUACACUGCUGUGUGUGGCCAGUGGGGGCUUCCCCUCAGACUGGAAGCUUGGCUGGAAGGUGGGGGGCAGCAGCAGGUCUGGGGGGGUGUCAGAUAGCCUGGGGGUCCUGGGGAAAGAUGGCCACUACAGCUGGAGCAGCACCUUGACCCUCCCUGCAGACCAGUGGAGGAAGGCGGGCUCAGUGAGCUGUGAGGCCAGUAAGAAUGGCCAGACGCAGCCUGUCACUCAAACCCUGAAUCCUGGAGAGUGUUCAGAGUAGAGAGGCUCCAGC